AUGGUUCAAAUCACCAAGGUUGCUCUAGCAGGUGCUACCGGCUCCCUCGGAAGUGUCAUGCUUGAUGAGCUCUUGCAGGCCGGCUUUGAAGUAACAGUUCUUACACGGUCGGCGGAUCAAAAAUUGCCAGGAAAUGUCACAGUCAAGGCAGUCGACUAUGACUCUGUGGAGUCAGUGACUGAGGCCCUCCGGGGCCAGCAGGCCGUCGUGUCCACCAUCGGAGGCGCUGCCCUUGGCAAACAGCUCACCUUGGUCGAAGCUGCUGCCAAUGCGGGUGUCUUGCGAUUCAUCCCAUCCGAAUUCGGCUCAAACACGCUUAACCCCAAGGUUGCACAGCUUCCAGUAUUUACAGACAAGGUCGCCGUCCAGAAUGCCCUCAAGAAGCAAGCGGAUGCCGGGCGCUUGACAUAUACCUUGAUCGCCAACGGGCCCUUCUUGGACUGGGGACUGGAGCAUGGCCUGAUUGCCAACCCUAAAGAAAAGUCCAUCACCAUCUUUGACGGCGGCAACCAGGUCUUUAGCGCCACCACUCUGUCUACCAUUGGCAAAUCUGUUGCGAGCACACUGAGGCACCUCGAAGAGACCAAGAAUCGCCCCGUGUACAUUCAAGGAGCCGCUCUCACCUCGAACCAAGUCCUGAAGCUUGCUGAAAAGGCCACGGGUACCUCAUGGAAGAAGACCGAGGCAUCAAUCGAUGACCGUCUGAGCGCUGCAUGGGCAGAGUUGAAGAAGGAGAAGCCUAACGAGAUGAUCUUUGUUCUCGGAUUCAUCGUGACAUCAAUCUGGGGCCAAGGAUAUGGUAUGCCUUUUGAGAAGACCGAUAAUGAGUUGCUCGGCAUUAAGGAGACGUCCGAGGACGAGAUCAUUGCUCUGAUUCAGAAAUACGCAUAA